UUCUCCUAAUUUUAAUUCAUUCUCUCAACUCUCGCUUCCCACCGUCUCCACCAUCUCUCUCUUUCUCUCAACCUCUCGUCUUCACCGCCUCCCACCGGCUCCAACCCUGCAGCUCCACCGCCUCGAGAUCAACACCUUUGAGUGAAACACUAGCACCGCAUCUCCUCCACCUCCACCACAGCGUCGCCGUCCACCCCCUCUGAGUGAAACCCUAACAGCGGCCCAGCGGCGGAGUGCGAGCAAUCGUCCAUCUCGAGAUCGAUCUGCGACGGAAGAGGGUCUCUGGAGGGGGGAAAAAUGGGUUAUGUUCUGAGGGUUAGAUUGGCUGCAUUCUUCACCGGCGCGGCGCUGGCGUCGGCCGCCGGUCUCUAUUAUCUCCAGCAGGAUUACAAAGUUGCCCACCAAGCCAUCGCUCAACAGAUGGAUAGCAUUUACAAGUCUCUGGACGAACGUGUAUCAGCACUGGAGAAGUUGAAAACAGCCGAGGCGGCACCGAAGGCUGUGGAAGCUGCUGAGUAGUAAGUUGUGGCUCUGUUUAUGGUGUAAUGUUCCUUUCUUUUUGAAUGAGGUUUAGCUGAAAUCCCAUGGAGAGUCUCUUCUUCUGUAUGGAUGAUUGUUACUGUUAGAAUUCUAACAAUCCAGAUGCUGCGGAAUAAAUUUUUUUUUGCAA